GCCGGUCGUCGUACGUUUCGCUUUCGUCGAGCAUUGUCCUAUCCCGAUGGCGCGUUCGGCAGUAGAAGGGUGGUAGUGAGUCCCGGCGAGAACCAUCUUCCCUGCCAAGGAUCUCGUCCCGGCGACGUCGCUCGCGGGUCAUCUCUAUCUGGGAAUACGCGACGGACGAUAUUGGGGGUCGCGCCGUCGCCAUAUUGCUGAGGCACGGCCACCCCGAAGCGCGUUUCGCAACGCGGUGCGGUGCAACGAUACGGUGCGGUCGGUGCAAUAUGGUGGUGGAUGCUUCGUACAUUCCGGGCUUGUUUUUUGACAAUGGCUGCCGGUGGCGAUAUCGCGCGAUAACCCCGGCACCGCGGAGAGUCGCCCGUUCGUUUUCUCACGCUCGUGGCUGCGACGGCCGUUGAACCAGGGAUGUGAGCUACUGAAGGUAGGAUCCUGAGGAACCGCGAGGUCCUCGCAAUGGAGGCGGGACCAAAGCAGCAGCAGCAGCAGUCGCCGCAACAGCAACAGGCCCAGCAGCAGCAGCAGCAAUCGCCUCAGCAGCAACAACAGCAAGAGAGCUCGCCCGGCAGUGCGAGUAGCCAGUCUCAGAGCCAGGCGACCAUCGGUCCUCAAGGUGGCCCGACGCAGGGUCAGGGUCAGCAGAAUGCGGAGGACGCGCUCGCGGCGGCGGAGAACACCCCCGUCAGCGAGGGCGUGCUCCUCGCUCGGAUCCAUGUGCCCGAGCUCUACGUCAGCAAGUGUCUGCAGUUCCCGAAGGAUCAGCUGGUCUGGGACGUGAAGCAGCAAUGCCUGGCGUCCUUGCCCAAGGAACUGAAGGAGAGCUUCAACUACGGCCUCUUCUGCCCGCCGGUGAACGGAAAAGCUGGGAAAUUCCUGGACGAGGAACGCCGUCUCGGCGAUUAUCCCUUCAAUGGACCCGUCGGCUACCUGGAGCUCAAGUACAAGAGGCGGGUGUACAAGAUGCUGCAUUUGGAUGAGAAACAGCUCAAGGCUAUGCACACCAGGACGAAUUUGCGAAGGUUAUUGGAUUAUGUGCAGAGCAGUCAGGUCGAGAAGAUCGCCAAGAUGUGCAGCAAGGGGCUGGAUCCCAAUUUCCAUUGUCAAGAAACAGGAGAGACGCCGUUGACUUUAGCAACGACUUUGAAAAAGCCGUCUAAGGUAAUAAUUGCACUGGUCAAUGGCGGCGCUCUACUGGACUAUCGAACGAAGGAGGGUUUAACGGCGAUGCACCGCGCCGUUGAGCGGAACAGUUUGGAGGCGGUAAAGACGCUUCUGGAGCUGGGUGCUAGUCCGAAUUACAAGGAUACCAAGGGCUUGACGCCGCUCUAUUACAGCGUCAUUUACAAGACCGAUCCGAUGCUCUGCGAGACGUUGCUUCACGAUCACGCGACGAUAGGAGCUCAGGAUCUCCAGGGCUGGCAGGAAGUUCAUCAGGCAUGUCGCAACAAUCUGGUGCAGCAUCUGGACCACCUGCUUUUCUACGGCGCUGACAUGAACGCGCGCAACGCGUCCGGUAACACGCCGUUGCACGUGUGCGCGGUGAAUAACACGGACGCCUCGUGCAUACGCCAGCUACUCUUCAGGGGCGCGCAGAAGGACGCGCUCAACUACGCGAACCAAACGCCGUACCAGGUCGCGGUGAUCGCGGGCAACAUGGAGCUCGCCGAGGUCAUCAAGAACUAUCAGUCGGAGGAAGUCGUACCGUUUAAAGGGCCGCCACGCUACAACCCGAAACGACGAUCGGUGGCCUUCAGUGGCACCUCCUCGAUGAUGACGACGAGCUGUUCGGCGAGCAAUCUGGGCACCCUGACCAGGAUACCGUCCAGCGAACAGCACGCGGUGGCGUCUAACGCCGGUACCGCUGGUACCCUUACCAGAACCAUCUCGGUGGAACAGUACUCGAGCAUCACGCGGGUACCUUCCGCCGAGCAGUACGCUAGCACCGCAGCGGCGGUGGCGGUGAGCCUGAACCGAGUACCGUCCACGGAACAAUCGUAUCCACCGCCCCCGUCGUCCGGCGUGCUCGUCCGGGUCGCGUCCGAGGAGAAAUACGCGCCGGCCGGUGCUGUGGUGAGCAGAGCCUCGGCCGGCGAGCGAUACGACGCGAGCAGCCUGAGCAGAGUACCGUCCUCCGAGCAGUAUCCGGCCGCCGCGGUAGGCCUGACCAGAGUACCGUCCACGGAACAAUAUCCCUCCACCGGUCAGACGACCGAGUCGAGCCACCACGGAAGCCUCGGCAGAGUACCGUCCGUAGAGUCGAGCAGAAACGAUUUACCGAGAUUACCGUCCGAACAGAACGGCCACCGACUGACGUCGGAGUACCAGAGUCCGAAUUCCUUGAGAGAUCCUAACGUGAGAUUGCCGAGCGCCGCGGAGAAUUAUUCGAACUUGAGAAUGGAGGGCCUGACGAGGCUGCAAGAGCACCGGCUCGAGCUACAGCAUCGCCUCGAUAUGCACAGAACGCAGAUGGAGAUGCCGCCGUCGCCGUCGCCGAGCAGCAGGAGUUUAGCGCCUUUCAGCUCGGCCAGCUCGAGCUUGUCCGAAGGCAGCAAUCAGCCGUCCGGCGAAGACUCGGCCAGCAUCGUCACAGACAAGAGCCUCGGCGACACGGCGUCCGAUGUGAUCAGCGACAGUUCCGGGGUGGGAACCUCGCAGUCCGACACAACCAAUUCAUUAUCCAUUCCCGGCACGACGGUGGUCUGCGUGGAGAACUACAACAGUGGGAUUACCAGCCAUCUGACUAUCAAUCAAGGAGACAUCCUUGAAGUCACCGGUGCCACCGACUGCGGCCUCCUGGAAGGGGUUUUGCGCGGACAGGGUACCGGCCUGUUCCCCGCGCAUUGCGUCCAGGAAGUCCGGCUGCGCCACACGAAUAUACCUCUGGGCCCGCAACCCGCCAGAGAUGAACGAAAUCGAGUUCUGGGCCGCAGAGAGUCGCAGCACAAGUACUUUGCCACCGCACCUAGAUUAAAGAAGCCUGUCACGGCGGAGCCUCGCACAGUUGUUCUUCAUCGUUCGAGGAAAGGUUUCGGCUUCGUGUUGCGCGGUGCCAAAGCCACCUCGCCACUAAUGGAACUCACACCGUCCGCCAAAUAUCCGGCGUUGCAAUAUCUGGACGAUGUCGAUCAAGGAGGCGUGGCCGAUCUAGCGGGUCUCCGAAAAGGAGACUUUCUCAUUCAAAUCAACGGCGAGGACGUAACAACGGCCUCCCACGAACACGUGGUCGAUCUGAUAAGGAAAUCGGGAGAGUUGGUGCGAAUGACCGUGGUCUCGCCGGUGAUCAGCCUCCCGAAUUCCCAAUCAGCGGCCGCGUUGCCAACUAGUCAACCGAUCCAGAGACAAUACGCCACCUUGCCGCGCAAGGGUAACAACAACGUAGUGAUCGGCGGCACGCUCGGCAGGUCUCCAGCUCCUGUGCCGCCGCGAAGAGAUCCAAAGACCACGCUAAGCGUGGGACGUGCGAGAGCGCGGUCGAUGGUUGCGGGAUUAGAAGGAGGCGGCGAGAGGGACGAUCGCGACGAAAUCGCGUCGACCGACGCCAAGUCGAGUAGUGCGGAAUCGAUUCACAUGCCGCAGCAGCCAUCGAUCGGAUCGAACACUGGCCAAAACACACCGGUGCAACCGAGAACAGCCAGCAUCCGAUCGCGUCCGACCUCCAGCAGAAUCACCGCCGCAGAACUCGAGGAACUAUUUCAGCGACAGCAGGGUAGCGCCGCCGGUCAGUACAGCUCGUCCAUGAUGAGUUCGUCUCACUUUCAGACUACUGGUCAAUCCACCAAGUCGCAUCCGUCGUCGCCCGCCAAGACCGGCAGGGUGUACGCGAGCGUGGCAGAGAUGAAGCGCAAGGGCAAAUCACAAUCGAGAGUACGCUUCAUCGGUGGCUCGAGCGGCGGUUCCGAUCUUCACAGGGAUUUCCACAGCACGCCGGAUCUCAACGUGCAAGCGCAGUCGUCAUUCCUUCUGGCGCCCAAGUGCCAUAGAAGCCAGGAAGACAUAAACGCCCUAAACGGUAGAAAUGGGCUUCCACCACCGAAUCAUCCACCGCCGCCCCCACCGGUCGGACAAGUCGUCAAGGUGAAUGUCGGCGCCAACGUGCCGGACGUCGUCACGCCAGCUUCGGUCUACGAUAAUAUGGCGCAUAUUCAGCAAGUCAAAGAACUGGCAGCAGCCGCAGUCGACGGAAACUACGGGGUGAUGUCGAGCUUCCGGCCGUCGAACAGCGCGAAGCUGUACGCCUCGCCGGAAGACAUGAAGACCGUUGGAUAUCGCUCGCGUAGUCUACCGGCUAAUCGUCCGCAUCUGAGAAAGUCUCACAGUCUACGCAGCACGCCGAGCAGCACGACAUUCAAGUCGUCCGGCAGUCAGCAGGCGCUGAAUACCAGCGUCAACAUGAACAGUAACGGAAACGGUAACAAUUCGAACAACAAUCAGUACGCGCAACCGCUCAAGACUACCAGGAGUCACAGUACGGCCGGUAUUCGCGAGCGAAAGAAGAAGACUGUUGUGAGCAGCAGCUCGUCCGUCACGAACCUCUCGUCGAUCGUGUCCAGCGCGAAUGGAGCGCCCACUCAGCCCACCUCGGCACCGCCGAUCCCCGAGCCAGAUUACAGUCUGUCGGAAUCGGAGAACGACGAGGGCGAGGACGAGACGGACGAAGACGGCGAGUCGGAGAUCGCGAAGGAGUUGGAGAAGGCGGCGGCGCGGGAGAAGCUGGAGGCAACGCGGGAGACAUCCGGCAACUCCAAUACAUCUGGCUCGAGUUCGUCGGGCAGCGGUUCGCUGCCGCACUCGUUCAGCGUCGAGGAGAUUCAAAAAGUGCGCACGCAAUUAAAGUCGUCGAAAAGCCAUCCGAACGACUUUCUCCUGCAGCAAACGCAACAGUCGCUCGUCGAGGACGGCGACAACAGCUCGAGCGGCGUCAGUUCGGAUCAGGAUGUGCCGGUGGGACCACCGAUGGGCUUCGACGACACCGCUGUGCGGAAUCUAGCCAAUCAGGAAAGCAACCAGCACUCGACGCCGGGAGGCGUGGCUCUGCUGACCGGCGCCACUCCGAUUGAGAGCAAUCAGACCAAACGACCGGGCUACGGCGGCAGCGGUUUGCUGACCAGGCACGCAGUCAGCCUGGCGCAGCUGCCGCCGCCGAUCGAAGCCGAUGCCGAAGAGCAGAAUAGCGACUUGUUCGUACCGCCACCGCCGGAGUUCAAUGCCGGACCAUCUGCCGGCGGCCAAGACCAGGAAGUGAUGGUGUUCGCGCCGCCGCCGCAGUUCUGCGAUAACAAGCAGCAAACGCAACAGCAGCAGCAGCAGCAAACCGCGGCGCAGAAUCGCGUCAAAAUAAUCGGCGCGAUCCCCAAGGUAGCUGGGAAUCAGGUGAAGGCGUCAGGCGGUCGAUUGCCGUAAAGAGAAAACUACGAACCGCGAAUGAUUUUUUGUUUUCGUGUAUUACUUCCCGACGAGGCGAACAGAAAGAGAAUUUUUAACUCAUACAUCGCGAUUUCGAAGUCAAUAUAUUUAGAGGCUCUCCGCCUUUUCGGUAGUGAUCACCGCGCGACGAGCGCACCUAAAUUUAGACUAUAUGACGAUCCGGUAAGAAAGGAUCGACCGAUCCGCGCGAGCGUAUAUAAAGCGCGGUCGCUUGGACGACUUUUUUCCAAGAGUAAAUCGUAUUCUAAUCGAGCGUCGUAGCAAUUAUACCGAGGAGAUAGUCGAGCGCGUUUUUACCAAGUAAGUUUACGAGUGUGAGCGUACGUCCGAUUGCACCACAAUAGAUGAUUGGUUUGUCGCGCACGAGCGCAUGGUCGUUCAUAAGUUUGUCCAUCGCCACCCUGUCCGUGAGUGAGCCGACAGAUCCGCAAACCGAUUCGCUGCGUCGUAAAAGAGAAGCGGCCUAAGGGCACGGAGAAACGAAUAUAACGCAUUCCGGCGGAAGAGGACGAACAACCGAGGGGGAGAUAGGAAGGAUGGAAAAUGCAUUUGAUGCGUGUACGCGUGCAUGAGUUGUAACGCGUGAAUGUGCGAUGCAUAUCGGUUUGUUUUUUCAUGUUUCUAUCGAACUACGAGGUGUGUUUUAAUACUUUUACACGACACUCUUCGCUCCGAGAAUACAGAACUGUCGCGAGGGCAGUUCUUUCGCAAGUCGCUUCUAAACCAAUUUUAAGCAAAAGCAUUACAAGCAGUCUCGCUCACUCUCGAUCCCCCCUUGCCGGCGAAGCAUCGACGGCGGUGAUUUCAGUGACGAUGACGCGAAAAUCACGUAACUGAUUAGUUGUUAAAUGUCGAACAGCGCGGUUUUUUUUUUUAGUUUCUCUCGUGUCUAGACACUGCUCAAACGCCUAAUCACAAAGCUCUACUCGCGAAGUCAUUAGAGAUUCUUCCUAGUUUGUAAUUGCAAAUAUUAUUAAUAUUAGUAUUAUGAUUUUAUUAUUAUAUUAAUAUUAUUGUUAGAGCAUUGUUAUUAUAAUUAUAUGGCGACUAUUACGCUCCACUGACGAGCCCCUCGAGAAAGCGUAGUCGCGUUUACAAAAGAAUGUGUAGCACUAUACUUCGUUAUAAUGCACUCAUUACUCCAGCCUGUAUAAAGUAAAUCGUACUCCUUCCAUCCGCGUGAAAAAGCUUCCUUGAGCCGGAAAACUUUUGUUUUUGUGUCCAUGCAUCACUGUUGAAUAAAUCAAAGUCGUGCAAACGAGAAAUCUCUCGCAAGCACGAAAUUGAUGGAGCUGAACCAAUGAUCGGAUUCUCGAGCUCUUCGCACAAGCGCGGUUCAAUAUCUUCUUGCAAAUUUAUUGCGAGUAUGUACAUAUAUAUAUAUACACACACACACUAAACCUUCCUGAUUAUCGUUUCUACGCCUUCACGAAUGCUGGACAAAAACAAAAAUCGGAUUUUGUGUAGCACAAGUGCGAGCGCGCGUGAGUCGCUGUGUGGUUUUUGAGACGUAUAAUGGGAGAGGCCGAGUCAACGUAUGUCGUACGUUUUUUAAAUGUUCCUUCGAUAUAUUUCAUUGUCGUCGUUUUUUGAUAUAAGCACCAAGAUCCGACACAGCGUAAAUACCAAGUAUAUGAACAUUCUUUUGCGUGUGUGAACACAAAUAAUAGUCUGCGCGAGAUAUUCGGAUGUCUGGAUAUUGUUCUCGGAGAUACGCGUUUUGUAUGAAAAUUAUUAAAAUUACAAAAGUCUCAUUUACGAGAAAGAUUCCAGAAGAUUAAAAAAAUUAUAAGAACAACUGUAAUACACGUGGCGCAUUAUCUAUUUUAUCUUCCGGUUUUGCGCGACAAUGAUUUUUUUCGACAUUUUAUAUAAUUUACUAAAACAAUUUCCUAAUUAUAUAAUCUAAUUUUAAUACCGCAAAAUAAUAUUCAUCCGUGAAUGAAAGACAAGACGUUAGUAUCAACAAGUAUCGUAAGAUAUUUGUAUAUUUCAAUGAAACACACACAUCCAACGACGUUCACGAGAUGUUACACGCUGUGCGGGAUCAUUCCAUAAACUCUCGCAGUUCAGCGAAAAGCAAUAUACGACACGCGUGCAUCACGACGGCUCCGUACGAGAGCAGCAAACGGAGAGAUCAGCUGAGAGACGAGGCUUUAUUUUUCUUUGCCGUGCACGUGGCGCGCGCGCGGCCACGUGGCGUCCCGUGCGGAACACGUGCACGACAUUAGUUGCGCGCACCAGCGGAUGUGCUAAGCGCACGGUUUGCGGCCGAGAUUAUAUAUAUAUAUAUAUACAUAUAAUUACGACAUUCCUGCCAAAAGUAAUGUAAUAGUCUUAUAUAUCAAAAUUAACGCGCGCGCGCAAGAGAGAGAGAAAGAAAGAGAGAGUUAAUGUUGCGUAACACGACGACGCGUAAGAGGACACACUUUGUAAUCUAGUUGUUUCCUCUACAUCCUCGUUCCCUUCGUUUCUCCUCCGCAUCGCUACGCACGAUCGAUAGAGGAUCCCCCGGAAACACGUGCGACGAACGUGUCACCCUGGACGAGGGGGAUCCGAGGAUCGCCGCUGUGCGCGCACGCGGAUCUGACUUCCUUGUUAAAACCUACCAGUAAAGUAUUUAUACAUGUAUAGUAUAUGUAUAUAUAUACACGACGCGCAACACGAGGACUGUUCCCUGCGUGUGACGAGGAUUAAUCGGCCGCGAAGAAAAUCCCGGGAGAAACGCGAUGUCUCGCGGACGUCGCGGGAAUACCGUUAAAAUCACCGGUUCGCGUCCCGCGGUCUUGACGCGAGGGGGAGGAAAUAAAAUCUGCCGCAACAUGAAACUCUUCGCGAUUUUUAACGGUUUCGUCGGAUUAGUUAAUUCCCUCUGGACCCUUUCACGCGCGAUCGGGAUUCAACGCCCGUUACCGAUUUAAUUCGUCUCGCAGGGAACGCAGCGUGUGCGAUACAGAGUGCAUCGGAAAAAAAAAACAAUGAUUUUAUUGUCCGCGAAAAGUUUUAAUAUUCGCUAAGUAAUAAAAUCAGAAUGGAGAUAGCCGACGCAUCGGUUUCGUGUCAUUCGGCUCUCUCGACGAUACUUGAAAUGUUUGCUACAUUCGAUGAUUUAGCUCCUCGAAGUUUUCGGCGAGGAAGGAGAUCAGACGCAAAUUUCCUGGAGGAAACGAAGGGAUACAUUCGUACGUGCACUUCUCGAGACACUCUGUAUACCACGCACCGAUGUGAGAACGGCAAGUGCCAAGGAGAGCCAUCGAGAGCCGUAGCUCGAUAAUCGUACUGCGACCGACUGAAUUUUUGGACCCACUUUUUAUUAUCGUCUAGCAUUCCUACGUUUAAUCUCGCUCCUCUGCUCACCCUCUUCCUCUUGUCCUCCAUCAUUCUUCAUACUUCAGUUAUCACUAUCAUUAAUAUUAUUAUCAAGCAAUUACUAUUAGUAUUUUGUAUUAUAGGUAUUGUAUUGUAAAUUGCAAAGUACGUGCAAUGUUUCGACGAUGAAUAAUAAUCAACCAUGUUCAACUAAUCCGUUGGAGGCUUUAUUUUUAGCUGUAUAAAGAAUUUCGCUAACUCUGGUAAUCUGAUUGCGCCAAUGCCUACCAGAAUGCCACUGAAAUAUCGGGCACCGGGCAUCGUCGAGUGACUAUCGCAGAGUCGGGAUUAGGGUGUGGCGAACGGAGGCACUUGCCUCGCAUAAGAGAUUUGUAGGGGCGCAAAAAUGACAAUUGUUCUAAUAAAAUUUGUUUAAAACUUCGGC